AUGCUUUAAUAUCAGUAAACAGUCAGGUCAGAGCAAGUUCAGCGUCGAUAUCCUUUUUUCAAGGGCGUGUGGUAGCACUUCCUCUCUGACUCAUAGUUAAGUUUACCAUCUUGCUUCAUAUGAGCAAAACAAAGACAGAAUGAAGACGGUGCAACUUUUACUCUUCUGUCUGCUGGUGUGUCAAACUACAGAGCGUUUAACUGAUAAACUGGUGAAUUUAGGGGAAAAUGUGACUUUAGACUGUCAGAUUGAUGUAAAAGACAUUUAUUGGGUUUUCCAGAAACUGACAGACUCUCCGCGGCUGUUACUGCGAACUUUCUCAUCAGAAUCUGCAUCAUCUCAUGUACAAGACCAAAGACUGAAAGACAAAUAUUCAUCACUAACUAAGAGCCGUUUAUUUAUUAUUAAUAUAACUAUUCAUGAAUUAGGAAUAUAUUAUUGUGUAAAAUCUGAUCCAAAACAACUACAGUUCAGCAAUGGCACCAGACUUUACAUCAAUGAAUCGGCCCAAGAUCAAAAUGAACCAGAAGAGAAACAUCAGGAACAGUCAUGUGAGGAAACAUUGGAGAUGCACAUGAUUCUGAAUGUUACAUCCAUCCUGCUGAAUUUUGUGCUGAUUAUUGCAACAAUAGGUCUUUUAAUGCUCAAACUUAAGAAGCCUAGAAAAAAACGACAACAGGCCCAGAAUGUGCAUCCAGAACAGAUCGAGGACUUAAACAACGCACAGUAUUCUGAAAUCGAGUUACCCACAUGUUCACGAAGAGAAAAACCGAUUCAGAUAAACGGCACUUACACACUUCUUCAGAAUCCAAAGCCACGUUCUGGAUCAACACAUGCAGAUAUCAUCACAUCGUGAAACAUGCGAAGUUUAUAAUAAGGUCUGACACCUUCCCUGGGAGUAUCAUUUUCGGUAUGAGUGAGUUUUAUAAAGGUCAGUGUAUUUCUGUCACUCUUUGAAUGAAACCAUGUUAUUCGCUUAUUUAUAAAAUGCAUAAUUUGGAUGUUAUAAAGACAUGUUAACAUAUCUAUCUUGAUUAAUGUGGUUACGGUUUACAAUAAGGUUCAAUGCAUUAACAUUAAAUUACAAUGGAAAAAACUUAUUAAUCCUGGUUAAUGUUUAUUCAUGUUAAUAAACAUAACUAUUAUGAAGUAUAUUAUAUAAGUUUUAUUGUAUUGAUUGUAAUUGAUUUUAUGUGUUUAACCAUGCUGGAUUAGGAUGAUGUAGUUUGUCCCCAGACUGGCCAAAAUGGUGUUUAGCUGGUUUCCCAAAUCUGGACAGCCAACAAAUACCCAAAACACAUCAAAAACCAUCAAAAUAGGUCAGAAAAAAAACAACAACUAGAGAACAACAGUGAAAUGUCUUCAUGCAUUAAGGUCAAAAACUAGUUAAAAGGUUUAAGGGUUGCUUCAGAAAAACAUAAGGCAAGUGUUUUAAACUUUCUGAACAUCUUUUCCUCAGGAAAGUGUUCUAGCAUGCACUUGUGACUCAUAAAGACAUUAAAACUUUUUUAAAGAGAUGGAUGGAGUGUUUUAUUAUAAUUUGGGUUAGCCUACAGUUAUUUUAUAUUUUGUAUGAUAACACAAUAUUUCAUUGGAAUUAACAACAUCUAUACACACAGGGCCGUAACCACCAUAGACACUGAGGAAAACAAGUCUGUUAGGAUUGUACAUAUCUGUAUCAUACACUGUAUGUAUAAAACCAGAUAUGUAUCCAUUAUAACAUUAAGUUAGUCAUUAGAGUCCUUAGCCAUCUUCAAGAAUCGGCUUAAAACACAUCUCUUCCAUCUUUAUUUGACCCUCUA